UCAAUUAAAACCAAUCAAACUAAACUAAAAUGCCGUGAAGAACUAUCGUUGCUCCCGGGUAUCCACAUUCACCAUACUAAGAGAGAACAAAAUGAUGUUGUUUAUUGCUUAGCAAAAGUUGCGAGAGAUAUUUCUACACAUCAUAUUUGGAAUGAACCUCCGUCGUUUGUGGUGAGUCAUCUCGAUGUACCAUCAUGUAUUCAAUAAUAUAUCCAAUCCUUUCCCUAAAAAAAUAAAAAUAAUAAUACAACAUAUUUCACUAUGAUCUUCACACCAACUACCCUAUAAAAGGCUCUACACUAGUCCCAACCCAAAACACUCGCAAAAAUGAAAAAUUCCGCCACUUUGUUCACCCUUGUCUGCCUACUUCUGGCCGGCGGCGAAGUCGUCUCCGGGCAGAAGUGCGGCUGCAAGCGGGGCGAGUGCUGCAGCAAAUUCGGGUUCUGCGGCAACGACAACGCCCACUGCGGCGGCAACUGCUGGGCGGGGCCGUGCAAGGGGCGCAACAGAGUGAAAGUCGGAGAUAUUGUGAGUGAUGCCUUCUUCAAUGGGAUCGUAGCCAGUCAGGGCCGCCGCGGCUGCCCCGGCAAGGGUUUCUACAGCCGCCCCAGAUUUCUCCUCGCCAUGGCGGCGUAUCCCACCUUCGCCACCAUUGGCUCCGCCGACGAUUCCAAGCGAGAGGUUGCCGCCUUCUUCGCCCACGUCGCUCAUGAGACGGGACGUUUGUGCUUUAUUGAAGAGAAGGGUGGGCAAUCGAAUUCGAAGACCUACUGCGACCCAACAAAUGCACAAUGGCCGUGUGCGGCCAACAAGCACUACUACGGCCGCGGACCGUUGAAGCUGACGUGGAACUACAACUACGGCGCAGCCGGCCGCGCCAUCGGGUUCAAUAUACUGAGAAACCCCGAGCUCGUUGCUGCAAAUGCCCUUAUAUCUAUCAAGGCUUCCAUAUGGUUUUGGAUGGAAAACUGCCACGCCCCUUUUAUCUCGGGCAAGGGCUUUGGCGCCACGAUCCGUGCUAUUAAUAGCGUGGAAUGCAAUGGGAAGAGUCCCACUCAAGUGAGCUCACGAGUCGAAUACUACAAAGAGUAUUGUAAGCAGUUCCGGGUUAAUCCAGGACCUAAUCUUCGAUGUUAAGAAAUGAGAGAUUUAGGUGUUGUUUUCAACAUUGGAUGGAAAUGGAAUAAAGUAAAUGAGAGCCUUGGGAUAAGAAUUAUUGUGUGGUUUUUCUGAGUUAUUUGACAUAAAUAAAUUAAGCUAUUCAAAU